AUGUUUGGGCCCGGCCCAUAUACCUGUAAUCUCUCACAUCUGCGUUUGUUGUGUUUCUCUCAAUCAAUCUAUGAUGAUGCAGGCAGUUUCAAGGAGAUUGAUCCAGCGGCCUCUCGCCGGAGGAGCUUCGAUUUAUUCGUCAUCUUCUCUCAGAUCGCUCCAUGGAGUCUCAGAUCACCUCAGUGGGAAUGAUAAUCGUCGCUACUCGUCUUCCCUGGCUACAAAGGGCGUUGGACACCUCGCUCGCAAGGGUACUGGUGGCAGAUCCUCCGUGAGUGGCAUUGUAGCUACGGUGUUUGGAGCCACUGGGUUUCUUGGUCGUUAUCUUGUGCAGCAGCUAGCUAAAAUGGGAUCGCAAGUGCUAGUUCCUUUCCGAGGCUCCGAGGACAAUCCUCGACAUCUCAAGUUGAUGGGAGAUUUAGGACAGGUUGUACCGAUGAAAUUUGAUCCAAGAGAUGAAGACUCUAUUAAGGCUGUCAUGGCAAAGGCUAAUGUCGUUAUCAAUCUAAUUGGAAGAGAGUACGAGACCAGAAAUUUCAGUUUCCAAGAGGUGAAUCAUCACAUGGCCGAGAAACUUGCAUUGGUGGCCAAAGAACAUGGUGGAAUAAUGAGAUUUAUUCAAGUUUCUUGUCUGGGAGCUUCUGUAUCAUCUCCUUCAAGAAUGCAGAGGGCAAAGGCUGCUGCUGAGGAAGCUGUCUUGAGCGCGCUGCCUGAGGCGACAGUCAUGCGACCUGCGACCAUGAUUGGUACAGAGGACAGAAUCUUGAACCCCUGGGCAAUGUUUGUUAAGAAAUAUGGUUUCCUCCCGCUCAUAGGUGGUGGGACCAACAAAUUCCAGCCCGUAUAUGUGGUUGAUGUUGCUGCUGCGAUCGUUGCAGCUCUAAAGGAUGACGGCUCCAGCAUGGGGAAAACGUAUGAGUUGGGUGGUCCAGAUGUCUUUACCCCUCAUGAUUUGGCAGAGAUCAUGUUUGAUAUGAUCCGUGAAUGGCCUCGAUAUGUGAAGCUUCCAUUUCCAAUUGCUAAGGCAAUGGCGGGUCCUCGGGAUUUCAUGGUCAACAAAGUCUCCUUCCCUCUACCCUCUCCCCAGAUCUUCAACUUUGAUCAAAUCAAUACGCUUACGACAGAUACACUUGUAUCAGACAAGGCCUUGACGUUUCAGGAUUUGGACCUUGUCCCUCAUAAGUUGAAGGGAUAUCCAGUGGAGUUUCUUAUCCAAUAUCGCAAGGGUGGUCCUAAUUUCGGUUCUACUGUCAGUGAAAAGAUUCCAACCGACUUCUACAAUUGAUGCUGCUUCUGCUCAAAGGUCGUUGCCCUGGACUAAUUUUUUUCAUGCAAGUCUCACAAUGAAAUUGCGGAAACCAGAUUUGAUAUUUUGAUGCCUUUUCAUUUGCUUCUGUCAAUAAUAAAAUGGUUCUCUCCUCGUUGUGUUCUGGAAAAGAAAGCAUAACCAAUCAAUGGGAUCAUAAGUUAGAGAGGGGAUGUCAUCUGGCUUGAAGGGGUGAUUUUGGCCCCCUAAGGAAUUAUGGAGUUUCUGGUUCAUGUGUUACUUUGCUAUUGAGUAUAACUAUAAAGCCAUGGGGUUUCAGCUUGUAUCUAUGGUGCAGUAUAAGUUAUAACCCCGAGAAA